AUGCUCCCUUUAUAUCUAUUAACAGCAGCCAAAACAAAACCUGUCCUAAUUGAAUUGAAAACAGGUGAAACCUACAAUGGUGAUUUAGUUAAUUGCGAUUCCUGGAUGAAUCUCACUCUUAAGGAUGUGAUCCAAACAAGCGCCAAUGGUGACGAGUUCACCAAGAUCCCUGAAAUAUAUAUUAGAGGAAUGCAUAUCAAGUUCUUAAGAAUCCCAGAAGAGAUAAUGGACUACGCUAAGGAACAGAAUGUUUUAAAUAUGGAGCAACGAAACAGAAAUCAAAAGAGAAGAGGAGGUGGAGGCCCAGGUCAAUACAAUAGAGAUGGAUAUGCCAAUAGAGAUAAUAGAAAUAGAUAUGGUGGCCACCAAAGAGGAUAUAACAGUAAUCGCCGUCAGCAAUCACACCACCAUCAACAGCAUCAAGAGGAAUCUGCUGAAUAG